GGGCCUCUCCGGGGCCGGCAGUGUCCCUCUCCACGUGUAGGAGGGACCGGCGAUCCCGAGCCCUGCCUGUGUCUCCGUGGGAUACAUCCUAGUUUCCUUUUGCUUGAAGUAGCCACCAGGCCUUCUGACUUUACUUUUUUAAUCCAGUGCAGUUUCUGUGUGUUUGAAAAUGGAUGAUGAUGAUGACAUUCCCCAGCUUUCAUCCCAUACGUUGGCUGCCCUCCAGGAGUUCUAUUUGGAACAGCAGCAGAGAGAGGGCAUGAAGACCUCCCAAGGGUUUAAUCAAUAUUCCAUUGGCUCAAUAGAAGAAAACUGGCAACUGAGCCAGUUUUGGUACAGUGAUGAAACUGCAUCAUGCCUGGCUAAAGAAGCAGUUCUGGCAGCUGGAAAAGGUGGCAGGAUAGCAUGCAUUAGUGCACCAAGUGUGUACCAGAAACUGAAAGAACAGGAUGGUGAGGAUUUUUCCGUGUGUAUACUGGAGUAUGACAGAAGGUUUUCUGUGUACGGAGAAGAGUUUAUCUUCUAUGAUUACAACCACCCUUUGGACUUACCUGGAAAUCUCCUGCCACACAGUUUUGACAUUGUAAUAGCAGAUCCACCCUAUCUGUCUGAGGAAUGCCUUCAAAAGACUGCAGAGACCAUCAAAUACCUAACAAAAGGAAAGAUUCUGCUUUGCACAGGUGCAGUCAUGGAGGAAGAGGCAGCAAAGCAACUUGGUGUGAAGAUGUGCAAGUUUAUUCCAAAACACUCACGAAAUUUAGCCAAUGAAUUUCGAUGCUAUGUGAACUAUGCUUCUGGACUGGACUGAUUCUCUUAAGAUCAUCUACCAAUCUACAGCUUUUUCAGUCAGGCUUUUUUCUGUUAACUGUCAGUUAUGCCACAUUUCUCAGGGCUGAAAUAGUCGGCUCUGAGUACUGUUUUCUGGGAUAGCUGGAAUCAACAUCGUGUGAUAGCCUCUCUCUUAAAUGAGUAAGCAUUUACAAUUACUGUGUUUCAUGUUAGGUAAAGGCAGACCAAGCAAUGCAGGCGCUGGAUAAUGGGAACUUCUUUGUUAGAGUUUCAUUUUAACUGGUAGCUUUUACCAUUUGAGGACACAUCAGUGACCUCUUUGAAGUGAUUUUAGCUUAUAACAACACAUAGGUGUUUGCCUUGCAGACAUCAGAAUCAUCAUUGCCAAAGUACUUGACACUUCUACUUCUAUAGUAAUGUGUCCCAAACGUGUCCCUUAAAUCUUGAAUCAUAAUGGCUCUGAUUAAAUAUAAUGCCUGCUUUUUAAUAAUUUCAAUAUCAAACUAAGGAGGAUCUACAGCUAUGUCAAGUUGCAAGAAUGGUUAUGGGCUUUUUUCCAGUUGCCUUGUUUUAUCUUUUUGUCCUGUUCCACAGACAGCAGCAGAGCAGUAGAAUAGAAGCAUCUUAAAAAUCAUUGAAUGUUAUAAGGCCACUGAGGCAUAACAUAUUGAUAAACACCCACUGUUUCAAACAGAAACAUGUUAGAUUUUAUAUUCAAGAUUUGGACUAUAUUUCAGUCAAAAUUGAUGAUACAGUGGAAAAGCUUUGUUUUGCAUAAGUAGAGAUUUUUGAUAACUGGGAAUUUUAAAGCCAGUUUUGACAAACUUCUUGACUACACUGCUGAAGUAUUUUUGGGUGGAAAUUAGUUCAUAAAUUUCAAGGCACUCAACACUUUUAUAAUAUCUAAAAACACUCUACAAAACACAAGCACUUGUCUUUGUAUGUCAUGCUGUGUAAAGGCUAACAGAAAUGCUGCAUCUACAAAACAAAUUAUGUAAAAUCAAGUACUAAAUUUAUUUUGUGGUGGGAAUAAGCCUAAUUAAGCUUGUGAUAUGAGACUUUUUAUAAGGCAGUGAUAAUACUCAUGUUUCUGAUGUUUAGAUGCAGAUUUUCCAUCUGGUGGAGUAAACAUCAGAGCAGGAAUAAUACAGAUGGAUUAUUAUUCUCUCUCAGUGCUCAGAGAAUGGUGUUGUCCGAGCUGAACACAGCAGUGGUUCAUAAAUACCCACUCAAGCCACUGUAGCUCUCCUUCCCAUUUUCCAAGAGAUCUGAUUGCUUCCUAAGGCUUUUCUCACCUCACAUUUUAUACCUGUUGCUUUCUCCCUGCCUCUAGUGUUCCUGGGUUCUUUGGGAACAGUUUUCUUCCUCUUUCACACGCCUUGGUUUCUGUCAGGCUGGUCACCGGUGUUGUUAAAACAAGGGACAUGCAGCAGAGGAAGCACUCACAGGAAGAACAGGCACUGGCCUCUCCUUUCUGCUGUGUGAGCCCAGGCCCAUACAGUCUUGCCUAUCCAACCAGAUGCCAUCCUUGCUGCUGAGCCAAAAUUCCCCUGAAAAUGACUGUCCACAGGUGAAAUACACCUGGGCUUAGUUGUUUUCUGGGAGGCUACACCAUCACUUUCAUGUGGCCCGUUUGAAAAUAAAGCAGAACGGAAUG